CCUAUCACAAAUUAUAAAUUGCGUACGGUGAUCCAAUCAGAGGAAAAUAUUUGCAUAUUUAUUUCCUUAAAUCUCCUCACAAAACUCCACCAACUGCAAAAUGUUAACGAUUUAAGUUCAUAAAGCUCUUAAAACCUUAACGCCAUCAAAGCAGGAUUUGAGUCACGGCCAAUAUGUAUCCUCAACAGAUUCGCAACCACAUACUAUUCACGAGAUGGACAACACUUCCAUAUUAUCGUGACCAACACUAAAUCUCGAGGAGGAUACGUUUGUUACUAUUGCACCGUGACGGAGGGUGAAUUUACCGUCGGGGACGUCGUGGAGCUGCAUCUGGGUGGGAAUCGGAGGAAACAAAUCAUGAAUAAUCACACGGGGACGCACGUGCUUAAUAUCAGCACAUGACCCUCCGCAAAUUUUUCGUCCCAACAAAAUUCGCACGAGCUAACAUUCUUUUGGGUAAAUUAUUUAUAUAUUGGUCCUAGCAUUGCCAGGUGCUACGGAAGGAAAACGUAUCACAAAGUACCGUACUCGGACCAAUGCACAACUGUAUCUAUACAGAUUUCCAUUCAUAAUUUGUUGGUGGUAAUGAUUGCAUAAUAACACUAACGUUAAUUGUAGCUACGUUAGGGGCAAACGUUAAACACAGGGGAGGACAUUAGCUAAAAUAUGUAUAAUUCUUAUCGAUUGUUACAAAAUUUUGGCUCUCACCAUUUUGAUGCGUGUGCUUAAUAAUUAUUUUCGUAAAACGCUGCUGUAGUUUGUGGUCCGCUAUUUUAAUUAACUGCGCGUCGAGAAAAUUGUAUAUUCAACUCCUUGACAUUCUCUUUUGGAGAUAUUCUUCAGGUUGCAAGGAACAACCUGUUAAAUGCUUCUAUAUUUAAGUUUGUGUGCAUUGCGUCAUGCUGUUUUAUCAAAGUUAAAGGGUGGUUCGCCUUUGAGAUCUAAAGCCCUAAGCAUUGGCUUUUCGACGUUUUAAAAUUAUUAAUUUAAUUUAUGUAUACGUAUUAGUAUAUACUUUACAUUGAGCUGGCAGUAUGGCAGUUUUCGUGAAAAUAUCGUGUUUUAUUGUACAUCCCGACUAAAACAGAACAUUGCGAUAACAUUACUUUUACAUUACGAUUGUUAGUUUUAUGUUAUUGUUGGAUUUCUGUUGCGAAAUCAUGUUUUAUUUUGGUUAAAAUAAUAUUAGAACAUUUUAAAAAUUCUUGACAUUGUGUAAAUAUUGGAACAACAACGACAAAUAAUGUGGUUAAAUUCGUAAUGUAUUACUAACAUUUAAGUCAUAUUGUAUAACGAGAGGGAAAUAAUGUUGAGUACACAUUUCCCCAAUAUUACAAGCAUAUUGUAGCGUCUUUUAGGAAAGUGGCGGUUGAACAUUUUUAUCCACACUGCUCGCCAUCAUUCCUAUCCCGCAUUCUCGUUGUGCACCUUUUUACUAUCUACAAAUUCAGUUAAAAUUAAAAACUAAAAUGUACUCAGUCGUCGAGUUCCCUGACGAGGAAGCUGUUGAAGUAGUACUUUCAAACUGGAUUAAUCCAGAAGGGAGUCUGUGUCGUUAUCCGGAUAAGACGGGCAUUGGAGGUGUAACAAAAUUAGUAAAAAGUGGAUCACUUUUUCAGAACAAUUGGCCCACAUUCCGAUGUCGGAUCCUCAAAACUUAUGAUAAUUACUUAUCCGCAAGAGAAGCUGCUAAUUUGGCGCAAGACACGUCGGGCCUAGAGUCUGACUCCAAUAACGAUCGACGGGUCAAAAAAAAGCCUACCAGUAAAUCAAAAACAGUGCUGCCAGAAACUGAUUCGGAUAGUGAUCACUCAUCGUCACAAAUAUUACAAGGGAAGUCUGCCGACCAUCAAUUUGCGUCCCCACUAACUUCUCUACAGAUAAACAUUCCACAGAUUCCAGGAAAAAACACGGUGUCUGAAGAGGGAAUAAAUUUCAUUCCAAAUCCCGACCAUAUCGCAUCGUAUUCAAAUUCAAAUCUUUCAAUUGGACUGGAGCAGUCUUCACAAGUACCUUUCGCACCCAUUGUAACCAAUUUUGAGGUGGAAUAUGCUACUAAGGAUGAUUUGAUGAAGUUCCAAAAGGUGAUGGUUCGACAUUUGGUACAAAUCCAGCAGACCCAAAACGAAAUUUGCAAACAUUUCCUACUGCUAAAAACAGCGUCUAACAAGAAUCCGGAACCGGAAGAUUUCUCCACUCUGCCACCGAUUCCAGUUGACACUGUGGAUGGCCUCAAAGGGGUUGAAACGUAUUUAGAAGAAAAUAAGGAAAAUCGAAGGUUAAUGAUUUCCUACCUAUCUCUACUUGACGGGAAGGACGCUGAAGAUAUUACGAGGACGAUUCUUGAAAAGUUAAUGACCAUUGACCUGGGUGCAAAAUUCAGCAGAACUGGCCAUGGGAAAAACAAGCAAGAAUUUAAUGUUUACUCCAAAAUCAAUUUAGUUAUUAUUGGGGGGGUGCGAGCAACUAAGGGUUACGAUAGAACCACCGAGCACGACAUUAACACGUACAUAGCUAAGUGGUUCCGGUUUGCUCCAUUCACAACUAAAGCCAAAAAGUAAUCACGAUGUCUUCCCAUCGGACGAA